CUCGAACAAUACACCCGAGUACACAUUUUUUAAUGUUGGGACGUAACAAAUAUUAAUGCUGUAAGAUCUAUACUCGAUAUCCCAAAUAACGUGACAGAAGCCGUAGUAUAAAAAAAAAGCUCCGAAAAAAGUGUUAAUAUUAAUUAAUAUGACACUAGUGUAGGACACCGAGUUAGAAUACUCUUUGUAUGUUAUUUUUUUUAUAUAAAACUCGCAACACCGAUCCUCUUCAUGUUUUUCAUACAAAAGUAUUAAUUAAGUCAGCUUUAUUGUCAUAUGUAUCGCAGUGUGGGUAAAUAAGAUGCAGUCGGUUACUACAAUAUUGACAAAGCGUACAGGAGUAGAAGACGGGCUUUCACAACUACAUUUGUUGUCAUUGGAUUGUGCAAAUUAGGUAGUAUAGUGUUUGCUACACCUAAUGAUUGUGGACAACGUAAAAACACAACCCUAGCAGGGGGGUCAUGCUCGUCCAAUCUUUAUUCAGCAUGCCCCAAAAACAUCCACGACCUUUCAUCUCCACAAUGGCCGCUCUCCGCUGAUUCAUCCAAUGCUGUAGACUUGAUGAGUGCGGUCCAUUUCUAGGUCAGUGAAAAGCAUACUAAGCUGCUGAGUUGAAUAGGCCGCAGGGAGGGUAGGGGCCCCUGUUAUCCAAAAACAUACUAAACUAAAAGCCCAUUUGAACAUCGCACAGCCACGGAUGCCUUGGCACGAAGCAGCAGCUCAAUUUGUCUCAAGCACGAUGACAGCGCCUUAUUUCCCAGCGAGGUCAGUCCUUUUCCGCAAGGAAUCGAAUGGGGUGACCUACAGAGUACCGGCGUUGCUUUACCUGCCCCGAUGCAGCUCCUUCCUGGCCUUCUGCGAAGAGAGGCUCAGUCCGUCCGACUCCCAGGCUCACCUGCUGGUCAUGAGGAGAGGGACUUUCUACAGGAACUAUGUUGAGUGGGAAGACAUGAAUGCACUCGGAACGGCCUACUUGCCGGGCCACCGCUCCAUGAACCCGUGCCCGGUGUACGACGACUUCACAGGUACCCUCUUCCUAUUCUUCAUCGCCAUUCUGGGUCACACCACCGAGUCCUUCCAGCUGGCCACGGGGAAGAACUUAACGCGCCUCUGCUACGUCUCCAGCACGGACAAAGGUGUCACGUGGAGUCCGGCCACUGACCUCACACAGCAGGUCAUAGGAGACACCCUCAAAGAAUGGGCCACCUUUGCGUUAGGCCCAGGCCACGGCAUCCAGCUCAAGUCCGGUCGCCUCCUCGUCCCCGCCUACGCCUACCACAUCGAGUGCAAACAGUGUUUCGGAAAGCUGUGCCAGACGUCCCCGCGCUCCUUUUGCUUCCACAGUGACACCCAUGGGCGAACCUGGUGUUUCGGGGAGACUGUCCCGGGCCCCGAGACCGUAGAGUGCCAGGUAGUGUCAGUGGAUGAGGAGGACGGGACCAAUUUCUUGUACUGCAAUGCGCGCAGCAGGCUGGGUUUCAGGGUGCAGGCCUUAAGUCUGGAUGACGGGGCCACCUUUCAGGAGGGUCAGCUGGUGCAGCGGUUGGUGGAGCCUCGGAAUGGUUGUCACGGGAGCGUGGUGGGAUUCCCAGCUCCGCUACAUUUACAUCUUGAUCUACGCUCAGCCUCACGCCAACUCACCCAGUCCUCCAAACAUGAUUUGACCUCUCUCGUCCCAUCACAAAAAACGACCUCGCCAGAUUUCCUCUCCCCUACAUGGGUGGUAUACUCCCACCCAACAUGGACCAGCGCACGGAAGGACCUAGGUGUCUUCCUGAGUCUUUACCCCCGCGACCCCGACAGCUGGCGCGGGCCCUGGGUGAUCUACGAGGGUCCGUGCGCCUACUCUGACUUGGUGUACGUGGAGCUGCCCCCGUCGUACGGCUCCCCUCCUGCCGUGGCCUUCGCCUGCCUGCUGGAGUGCGGCGCUAGGACUGCCUACGACGAGAUCUGUUUCUGCAUCUUCACGCUCUAUGAGCUCAUCGAUAACCUCCCGCCAGGCAAUCCCCUUGUACAUCGUGAUUAUAACAAACAGCAAAGGCAUGAGGCCAACACAGGCGGGUGUGAGGUUCUACACGUGAAGAAGAGGAGAAGGAAGCUUGGUGACUUUUGUGCUCUGUCUUAAAUUGAGUUUAUAUACUUUGUCCAAUCAUAAGUCGUACAAUGUUCUUUUAUUUAACCUGUCCUCUGCUAUUGGUUAAAAAAGGUCUAAAGGUAUUAUGGCGCCAUCUGAUGGAUAAUUGGUGUUAUUUUUUCUUUUAAUUUAUUGAAGGCGUUUCGGAUUUUUAAUUAUAGUUAGUUUUUCAUUUGUUUUGAAUUGUAUUUGAAUUCAAUUAGUUUUAAAGUUUUUAGAGUGUGUGUGUGUUAGGAUUUAUUGGGGUUUUUUUUUCAAAUGACUGACUGAUGUUCUACUUCCUGUACGUCAGUACAUCAAUGCCAAAAUAAAUACAUUUAAAAUGACCCACGAAAGCCUAUUUAUGACAAUGACAAAAGCAUUUUUGCUGCAGUUACCGAUAGUUUUACUUGGUUCUAUAGAUGUAAUUUCAGGUAGUUUUCGUUUUCUAAAAAAGCAUUUUCAUUUUCAUUUUAUGACAUCAACGAAAAAGCUUUUAAAAUUUCAGUUGUAGUUAUUUUGUUUUGUUUCGUUACUUAUAUCUUGCGGCAGUGAACCAAGAAUAUGUUUUACUUCUUUCCUGAUGCAGCUACAGUACUAAAAGCUGGUGUAGUUUCCGUUGCCGUUACAAUUAGCCUGUAUUCUCUAAUACAAUUUAUUUUGUGUAAAUGCCAAAACGUUACUUCAAUGAAUUUAUACUGUUUGUUUGUAUUGACUUAAAUAACUACUGAAUACAGUCGUUUAUGUGACAUGGUUUCAUAAUUGUGCACAUGCUAGUUGUAUGUUGAUGAUACUUGCUGAUUACAGUACUGUAUUCUUUGUUUUGUUCCAGACCACAGGAAAUAAAUCAAUACAAAUGGAAGAGCAGUCUCCAUAUUAGAGCUUAGCUGCUAUAUUGUUGCAUCAAUAGGCAAUUAUGGACCCUUGUUUGGGGGUCACCGGCGGUUAUGGAUUUUCGCUAUUCGUGGGUUACGUGCCUGCCAGGUGUCUUCAACUGGUGAGUAGUUUCAAUUGAUUUUGGUUUCAUUAUACAGUGGUUAACUUUGCUUUAUACUUCAAUAGGCACGUUCAAAUGUUAUUUAAACACCGCCAGUCCAUUCAGUUAAAUUGUUAUGAUGGUGACAAAUUGAAUCAUUCAUUCUCCAUUCCAGGAAUAGAUGUUUUGGUUCAAUUUUGCCCACCUCUUUAAAAAAGACAGGGGCAACAUCAAUUACAAAGAGAAUUGCUGGAAACUUUUAAGAAUAAAAAACAAAGAACACACGCGCUUCAAUACUUCCUAGAAUUGUGCACACUCAAGUCUAUCAACAGACAUUCCAUCCGAGGCCACUUCCCUGCUGACCGACUUCUUUGGCCUUAGAUGUCUUCAUUUGCAAUGUCAGUGUAUUUAGCAAAUUUGGUCCUAGUGUGUUCCUGUGUGUGACGUGUGUAUCCUGCCUGUUUAUACAAGGGUUGCGUGUGGUCUUGAAGUGUACUGCAUUUGCCUGCACUGUUGUCAAUUCAACUUGAAUUUUGUGUACUCGCCACCGUGCACUGAUGUUGGUUAUGGAAAUGUGAUUCAUUUUAAAC